AUGCCGGCACCAAAGAUCUCGUUUGUGCCAGGGUCAAGAGCCCUGAAUCUCAAGAGGGUCGUGUCAGUGCAUGCGAAGAAGGAGGGCAAAACCACAGAGGCAGAGGUGGUGCCCGAUGCCCCUCCCAGCAAGGGCAGUGCCGCCGAGGACGACCCCAACCGCGCUUUCUUCCUCGGAGUGAAAGGGAACGCUCAGAUGCUGGGCAUCCGUGGCGCAGCGGUUGAGACCGACAUCUGGAAGAUUCGGCUGCAGCUCACCAAGCCUGUGACCUGGAUUCCACUCAUCUGGGGUGUGAUCUGCGGUGCUGCCGCCUCUGGAAACUUUGAGUGGACCUUCAGGGACUGCGCGCUGAGCGCGCUGUGCAUGCUAAUGUCCGGCCCUCUGCUCACGGGCUUCACACAGACCAUGAACGAUUACUACGAUCGCGAGAUGGACGCCAUCAACGAGCCCAACCGCCCGAUCCCGUCUGGCGCCAUCCCUGAGGGGGAUGUUGUCGCGCAGAUCUGGAUCCUCUUCUUCACCAGCAUUGCAGUGGCAUAUACGCUGGAUCAGGCAUCACCCUCGCACGACAAUCUGCAACUCACGGGGCUGGCGCUGAUCGGCAGCUUCAUCUCCUUUGCUUACUCGGUGCCGUGGAUCAAGCUUAAGCGCUCUGGCUGGAUCGGCAACUAUGCCCUGGGGAGCAGCUACAUUGCGCUGCCCUGGUGGGCUGGACAGAUCCUCUUCGGCCAGCUGCGACUGGAUGUGGCCAUCCUGACGAUGCUGUACUCCAUUGCCGGCCUGGGCAUUGCCAUCGUCAACGACUUCAAAUCCAUCAAAGGCAGGGUCGCAGGGGAGGACUAUGUCAUGCUCCCGCCCUGCAAUCGGCAGAGGGCGGGCGCUGUAUGGAUCUGCGACCGCGAGCUGGGCCUGAACAGCCUGCCCGUAGCGUUUGGCAUCGAGAAGGCCAAGUGGAUCUGUGCCGCGAGCAUCGACGUCACGCAGCUCGGCGUGGCAGCGUACUUGGCAUGGGGCCUCAACGAGCCCUACUACGCAGCAGGCAUCGCCGCUUGCCUGGCGCCCCAGGUGUACGCUCAGGUGCGCUACUUUCUCCCCGACCCCGUGGCCAACGAUGUCAAGUACCAGGCGACGGCCCAGCCCUUCCUCGUCAUCGGCCUGCUGGUCACGGCACUGGCCAUCGGGCACCAGGCCACGCCAGUCGCGCUGGGGUGA